GGUCUUUUCUUUCAGGCUGCAGAAGAUGUCAAUGUCACUUUUGAAGAUCAACAGAAGAUUAAUAAAUUUGCUAGAAAUACCAGUAGAAUCACAGAGCUGAAAGAAGAAAUAGAAGUGAAAAAGAAACAACUGCAGAACUUGGAGGAUGCUUGUGAUGACAUCAUGAUGCUGGAUGAUGAUUCUUUAAUGAUCCCUUAUCAAAUUGGUGAUGUUUUCAUUAGCCAUUCCCAAGAUGAAACCCAAGAAAUGUUGGAAGAUGCAAAGAAAAAUUUACAAGACGAGAUUGAAGCAUUAGAAUCAAGAGUAACAUCUAUCCAGCGAGUGUUAGCUGACUUGAAAGUUCAGUUGUAUGCCAAAUUUGGGAGCAACAUAAACCUUGAAGCAGAUGAUAGCUAAAUGUUGAAAAAUGCCGCUUUAUAUAAAUUUGUUAAAUACACUUGAAAAUUGAUAACUUUUCUUUAUAGGAUGUUGAAAGCAAUGUCACUUUUUUUAGAACUUUUCAAUCUUAUGUUUCUAAUUAAGGCAUGCUUAUUUGCAGAUGCAUACCAUUAUUUAUUAUUUUUUUAAAAGAACUGUGUUCCACUUUGUACUUGCAGAACAGUUACUGUAUAUCAAGGAUAUGGUCUUUGUUUUGUCUUUAUUAAAAUAAUCUAG